UUUCAGACGUUAGGCAUUUGGCAAUGGAACGUCUUUUGGAGUCUUACCUGCUUUGAUUUGCAGUCGAGGCGGGCAGACGGGGAGGGGACAGUGCGACUGAAGGCGGGGGGACCCGGCGAGCCGACGGAGCGAAGAGCGGCGGUGGCGGCGGCGCCCGCGCCUGUGUGGAUCGACCGCCUUCCAGUAGAGAGAGAGAGAGUGAGAGAGAGAGAGCGCGCGCGCGCGCACACGAGCGAGGACAGAACACGCAAAGACAGAGCGGCACACAACAGACGGAGAGAACAGAAGGAGGGAGACGCAGCACGCUGGGCGGUCGGCGUGGUCAGAGAAAAUGAAGCCAGAAGAAGAUGUCUGAAUUUUUUACUAGCCCAAUGAACUGGUUAAGCUGCUGAAGAUUAUCUAAUUUAAGGUAAAUCUUUGAACAAUGGAGGCUACAGCGAUACUACCAGUACUGAAGAAAAGGCUUGCCUUUUUAUCAGGAGGAAAAGACCGAAGAAGUGGUCUGAUUCUUACAAUUCCGCUUUGCUCAGACCAGACAAACAUGGAUGAGCUGAGUGUAACGCUUGAUUAUUUGCUAAGUAUACCAAGUGAAAAAUGUAAAGCUAGAGGAUUCACUGUGAUUGUGGAUGGAAGAAAGUCUCAGUGGAAUAUAGUGAAGACUGUUGUUUUAAUGUUGCAGAAUGUAAUCCCUGCCGAGGUGUCUUUGGUUUGUGUCGUCAAGCCUGACGAGUUCUGGGAUAAGAAGGUGACACACUUUUGUUUCUGGAAAGAGAAGGACAGGCUUGGAUUUGAGGUUAUUUUAGUGUCGGCUAAUAAGUUGGCAAGAUACAUAGAACCCUGCCAAUUGACAGACGAAUUUGGUGGAAGUCUAAUGUAUGAUCACAUAGACUGGCUCAACAAAAGACUGGUUUUUGAAAAGUUCACCAAGGAAUCUACAUCUUUAUUGGAUGAGCUUGCUUUAAUUAAUGGCAAUGAGAAAGGCAACCAGACUGACAAAGAAAGGUCAAUAGAUUACAAUUUUUUACCGUCAUUUGAUCCAGAAACUGUACUACAGACUGGCCAUGAGCUGCUUUCUGAGCUUCAGCAACGACGUUUCAAUGGGUCAGAGGGUGGUGUCUCGUGGUCUCCGAUGGAUGAUGAGCUUUUGGCACAGCCACAGGUCAUGAAGCUACUUGAUUCUCUUCGUGAGCAGUAUACACGGUACCAAGAGGUGUGCAGACAGCGCAGCAAACGCACCCAGCUGGAGGAGAUCCAACAGAAAGUUAUGCAGGUUGUAAACUGGCUUGAAGGACCAGGAACAGAGCAGCUGAGAACUCAGUGGGGAAUUGGAGACUCCAUUCGAGCCUCGCAGGCCUUGCAACAGAAGCAUGAAGAAAUUGAAAGUCAGCACAGUGAGUGGUUUGCUGUUUAUGUGGAACUGAAUCAACAGAUUGCAGCUCUGCUUAAUGCUGGCGAUGAGGAGGAUUUGGUUGAACUCAAAUCUCUGCAGCAGCAGCUGAGUGAUGUCUGCUACCGUCAGGCCAGCCAACUGGAGUUUAGACAGACCUUGCUUCAGUCAGCACAUGAAUUUCACAGUAUUGCCCAAGAUUUAUCUCAACAGCUAGACGGCUUGCUUGGGAUGCUGUGUGCGGAUGUGGCACCUGCUGAUGGAGCAGCAAUUCAGCAAACGUUAAAACACCUUGAAGAGAAACUAAAGAGCGUAGAUGUCGCUUUGCAAGGCUUACAGGAGAAGGGCCAAGUCCUGUUAGACCAGCUAUCCAACCAGACAUCGUGGGCUUGUGGAAAGGAGGUUAAUGCUGAAAAUAAAGAAAAUGUUGAUCACAUCCAAGGUGUGAUGGAAGAUAUGCAACUUAGAAAACAAAGAUGUGAAGAUAUGGUUGACGUACGGAGGCUGAAAAUGCUUCAAAUGGUCCAGCUAUUCAAGUGUGAGGAGGAUGCUGCUCAGGCAGUAGAAUGGCUAAAUGAGUUGCUUGAUGCUCUUCUAAAAACUCACAUAAGACUUGGUGAUGAUGCACAAGAGUCAAAAGUCUUGUUGGAAAAACAUAGAAAGUUUGUGGAUGUGGCACAGAGCACAUAUGACUAUGGACGCCAGUUGCUUCAGGCCACAGUGGUGUUGUGCCAAUCUCUGCGAUGCACAACCAGGUCUUCAGGAGAUACUCUUCCUCGGCUUAAUCGGGUGUGGAAGCAGUUCACUGUGACCUCAGAGGAGAGAGUUCACAGACUGGAAAUGGCCUUAACAUUUCACACAGCGGCUGAAAAGAUACUUAAAGAAUGUCCAGAGCAGACUGAAGAGUCUGUCGAUUUAGAAGUGUAUGAAGACGUUGAAACAGUAGGAAGGUCACUACUGGACAGAUUAACAGUGCCUGUAAUUUUUCCUGAUGGAAGUGAGCAGUUUUUUGGGAGUCCUGGCGACAUGGCCUCCUCUGCCGAACACAUCCGUGACCGGAUGAAGCUAGUUGACAUGAAGAAGCAACAGCAGCAGCAGCAGGAAGCCGCCGAACAGCCAGACCUAGAAGAAAAAGCAGACAGUGUCGAUGAAGGCGAGGAAGACAGCUAAUAGAGACUCCUGCAAUGCCCAAGGAGGAGCUUGCAGCGUGCGAGUCAGCAUGGCAUUAAUUCCUGGCAUCCUCUACAGUUACCUUGCAUUGAAAUGCAAACUCUCCAUUCCACACAUCUUAUUGCCCAUGGUCCAUUGAUUGACGAAGCCAUACUAACUUGUGUGCUGUCUGAGAGCUCGGGCUCCCGCUACUACUUUAUAUAUAAGACGAUGAGAACUACAAAUGUUGCACUGAACUUCCCUCAAAGCUUUAUCUGGCCUGUCUUCUGUUAGCUGUUAACAGUUGACUCAAGCUUUCAUUGGUGCUACUAAAAGCAUAGAAUGUCCAAGCACUACUUCUGUCUUGUAUGGUGCUGUAGAGUUUUUAGGCAUUAGGCAAACUUCCUGUUUGUAGACGGUAAGACAUGUAUUUUAUAAUUUUGUUUGUAAGUUUGGUCUUAAUUUGUAAUACCUUACAAUGUUGCUGCAUUUGUUUUUAAUUGUGCCAAUACGCAACCUGCCCUGAAGGCCUUUGACACAGCUGUAAACUGCCUAACUGCUGUUUCUAAGUAUGAGCGGAUAUGAAAUAGAUACCGGCAAAGGUAAUCCAGCUUUUUAAAACGUGUUCUCCUCUUGCUGUGAUACCCAUGCACUUCAAGGAGCAAGUAAUGGACAAAGCUAUGUUUAAAUAAAAAAAAAAAAAUAAAAAAAAAUUACAAAUGAAAUGAAGAGCUUUGUUUCAAUAAAUAUUAAAUGGGAACUAC